UGGCCGGCGCUACUUGUGCGCACCACACUAAAGCCUAUAUAUGAAGAUCCCUCUCACUUUAUUCAUGUAUAUACAUAUUAAUUAAGAAUAAAAAUAUUUUUUUUGUAAAAAAACAUGGCUGCGGUGAACAGAACGAGUCUCUUGUUACUUCUUAUCUCUCUUUUUCUCGUUCUUAACCUCGCCUCCGCUCAACUCCGGCGCAACUUCUACGCCGGAAGUUGCCCUAACGUCGAACAAAUCGUCAGAAACGCCGUUCAGAAAAAAGUCCAGCAAACUUUCACCACCAUUCCCGCCACUCUACGCCUUUAUUUCCAUGAUUGUUUCGUCAACGGGUGUGAUGCAUCGGUGAUGAUAGCGUCGACAAAUAAUAAUAAGGCGGAGAAGGAUCACGAGGAAAAUUUAUCGUUGGCCGGAGAUGGAUUCGACACCGUCAUUAAAGCUAAAGAAGCUCUCGAUGCCGUCGCAAAUUGUCGUAACAAAGUUUCUUGCGCUGAUAUUCUCACGAUGGCCACUCGUGACGUCGUUAAUCUUGCGGGUGGACCAAAAUAUGACGUGGAAUUGGGAAGGCUAGAUGGACUAUCUUCCACGGCAGCAAGCGUCGGAGGGAAGUUGCCACAUCCGACGGAUAAUGUCAACCAACUCACUUCGCUAUUCGCCAAAAACGGCCUUAGCCUUAACGACAUGAUCGCUCUCUCCGGGGCGCACACAUUAGGAUUCGCGCAUUGCACCAAAGUGUUCAAUCGGAUAUACAGUUUCAACAAGACUACUAAAGUGGAUCCCACAGUUAACAAAGCCUACGUGACAGAGCUAAAAGCGUCGUGUCCUCAAAACAUAGAUCCAAGAGUGGCUAUAAACAUGGAUCCAACAACACCAAGACAAUUCGACAACGUUUACUACAAGAACUUGCAGCAAGGGAAAGGGUUGUUCACGUCUGAUCAAGACUUAUUCACCGAUCGUCGGUCAAAGCCAACCGUUGACUUAUGGGCUAGUAAUGCACAGCUGUUUAACCAAGCUUUUGUUAACUCAAUGAUCAAGCUCGGUCGUGUUGGUGUUAAAACCGGUAAUAAUGGUAAUAUCCGUCGUGAUUGUGGAGCUUUCAAUUGAUUUAAAUAUAUCUGUCUCUAGAUUUUGUUUACAGUUGUAUUUGGGGAUAGGAUGGGUCUGACUAAGCUUGUUCAGCUAAAUUGUAAUAAAUCUCGGUUUUGGGUUUCAAUUUACCGCAAAACCUAAAUUGUAAUAUUAAAGUGAGAAUAAAUUUAUACAUGAUUAGUCGUAA